AUGGCGAAUUUCGCCGCGAACGCCGGCGCCUCCGCGGCGCGAGCAGGGGGCGGACGGCUCGACGUCGUCAACGAGUUCCUGAUCGCGGCGGACGGCGACGACCUCAUCCGGCCGGUCGCCGUGUUGCGCGUCCCAGAGGCGCUGAACGGGAGCCGCCUGCAGCAUGCUGUUGACGCCGUUUGCGGCAGCAACCCGCAGCUGCGCGUACAGGUCGACGCGGAACGUGGCGCGUACGCGUUUGCGGAAGCACCGCAGCCGCCAAGGGUGAUCGUGCAUGCAAAGGGCCGCGCCAGCGGUCUGUCGGGAUACGAGAGCUCUAGCUCGAGCAGCGACAGCGACUACGAGCUGCCUGGAUGUGGCCAGGCAGCGACCCGCGCAGGGGACGGCGGAGAUUAUUUCACAGGCGCCGAAGACUGGGUGAUUGAAGACGAGACGUUCUCUCCAUGGCUCGCGGAGCUCGCACGAGAACUCGCUACAGGAAUGAGCACGGCCGACACCGCGAGCGGCGUCCCGUUCAGGUUGGUUGCUGUGGUCGAUCACACAGCCCGCACGACGGCGCUGGUGAUGCGCGCGCACCACGCCUUGCUCGACGGCUGGUCCAUGGGCAGCAUCCUCCUCGCCAUAUGCGCCGAGUACGACAAGCCGCACAGGGGGCGCAGGAUCAGCUCCGCGGCCGUGUGGGAGGCGAUGAGCCCCGGCCAGCUCCCCUGCCGCCCGCAACCAAUCCUGCAACUCCAACGCACCGCAGACGCGCACCUGCGCACCUGGCAGGCCCGCCUCCGCGUCGUCCUCCUCGCCGCGCUGCACCUCGCAUGGUGCUCGCUCGGCCUCCUCCUCGGAGCGCUCAACUUGUACGCCCGCGCUCAGCCAAGCGGCGCAACCCUCCCAGACACCCCCACCUUCCAACGCAUCCAAACCGCGCAGCAGAGUACGCCGCGGCUGCGCCGCGUCGUCGCGAUGCCGGGCCGCCCGAAGAAAGUCGCGACGCCGCCGCCGACGCCGGCGAACGCGCCCGCGCCGCUGCGCUCUUCGGCCGCCAUCGCGCAACACCCCCCUGCGCCUGACUCCCCGCGGCGGGGCUCGACGGGCAUGAUCCGCAUCCCGCUCGCGCGCCGCCGGCUGAACCAGCUGUUCACCGCCGCGGCGUCCCCGGCAGCGCCGCGGGCGGCGGGAGCGACUGGAAGCGAUGCUGCGCCCGCUCAAGCGCACGCCCUGACGGCGCUCGAUAUCUGGCGGAGCCGGUGGCACGGCGAGCCCGUCGCCCCGCCGCAGCAGCCGCAAGCUGCGCCGGCCCCGCCGGCCGCCCCGGCGGGGCGGGACACGGCAGCGCUGUUGUCGUCGCACUCCCUGGCGUCCACCCCUGUGGUGAGCCUCGCGCCGUCGCGGCCGGGAACGCCGCCGCCCGUGGCGCUGCCGGUGUCGUCGAAGACCGCACAGGACCCCGGGGACGUCCUGUCGUGGUGCACGCGCGCCCUCAGCACCGAGCAGUCCGUCGUGCCGCCAGUGCGGUCGCUGUCGGAAUCGGACGUCGCCAUCCACCUGCUCGCGUCUGCGAGCACCGAGGAGGGCCAACAGACCGUCCUGCGGGGGGCUGCUGGGAUCCCUGCCGAGCGCGAGGGCCCUGCCAAGCACCGCAGCACCCCAUCGCUCGGCGAAUGGGACCGGACCCCGUCCAGCUCCGAACCGUCCCUGCGGCGCUCCUCGGAGCAGUCCACGGACGGGGUCGCGUCCGACGCGCCCGCGGUCCCCCCGGGGCGCGGUGCGUACGUCGCAGCGACGCUGUCACAGGACGCUACGUCGCGCGUGCGCGCGGCGGCCCGGCGCAACCACGCCAAGAUGGGCGCCGUCAUCAAUGCUGCGGCGCUGCGCGCCCUCGCCGUCGUGCUGCGCGAGCGGUCGGCGUGCGGCGACGUGGUUCUCCCGGGCACGCUGCGGCGCGCGCUGUCCACGCUGGUGCUCGGGUCCCCGUCGACGUGCCUGAUGCUCGAGGCGGUGAACAUGCGCGGGAGGCUGGGCGACCCGCCGGCGCCCGCGGUGAUGCUUGGGUCCGGCGCGCUGCUGACCGCACAUCCCGCUCCGCUGGAGCACGGUGGGUCCUCAGGGCCCUCGGGGCUGUGGCGGCACGCCGCGCGCUGCGCGCAGUGCACGGCGCUCGCGAUGCGCAUCGGCCUGGCCGCCGCGAACCUCACGUGGAUCUGGCUCGCGCAGCUUUUGUACGGCGUACGCGACGCUGGCAUCCGCCACUUCUACGCCGCCGCCGCCGCCGCGCGCCUCGCGCCCGUCGGCGCCCUCGGUCUCUUCGUGGACAACCUCGGCGACCUGGACCGCAACCCCGCCACGCGCCUCGCCAUUCCGCGGCGCUGGCGCAACCGCUUCUGCGGCGUUGGCGUCUCCGCGGGGGCGAACAGCGCCGCGCUCGCGCUCGCCGCGUGGGCGCACGUGUUCGUGGGGUCCUCGGGCGGCCGGCUGUGCGCCGUGGCGCACGCCCCGCCCGGGCGCCUGCGCCGCGCGGAGCUGCGCCGACUCCUUGCGCUCUUCUGCCGCGAGCUUCUCGACGCCAGCCGGGAGUGA